GCCAGGUGUUCCCGUUGUCUCCCUGUCGGAACUGAGGCAAGCUCCGGGUCGCAGGGAGUGGGGUCGGUGCUUGAGCUGCUGUUAUUACCGUGAGUGCGGGAGAAGAAUCCAGGCAAGACCGCUGUGUAGAACUGGGUACCGGUCAGCUAAAAUUCGGUUUGGAUCGGGAGAGGGCAGCACGAAGCUUCAGAGUACUGUAGAUUCGUGUUUCGGCUCGGCCGGGAACAGUUUGCCUGUGUGGACAGCGCUGGAGAGUGAACCGGGUGUAGUCAGCGAGCGGCCGGGAGGCUGCUGUGUUGGUUUGGGGCACUGCCUGUCAGUAGCCGGGGAGCGAAACCGACGAGGAUUUAUUCCUGCCUGGGGGCCGGAGCCUAGGGGAAGCGGUUGGACAAAGUGUACGUUACAACCAACACAGUCCAGACAGCAUCACGGACGGAAUUAUUGAUGGAGCCGGUUAACAAGUCGGCAGUGAGACUCGGGCUGGGGCAAGAUCAGUGCAUUAUAGCUGUGAGAGGCCUGGCAGUGAAGGACGGAUUGAAGGAGCCCAGGCUGCUGUCUCUGAUUCAACGCUCAGGAGAGUACAUGUUGGACAUCUUAUUGAAUCCUGAUGUAGUUGUGAAAAGUCCAGUGCCACAAAUUACCAUACCAGUUAACAGCAGGUUUCACAUCAUACAAGACACAGAAGAGGCUCUUCUCAUAGACAUCCCAGUUAAUUCCUCGUGCAGGAUCCGGGUGCGAGGGGACCACACUGGAGAGCUGCUGUUUGAGUUCCCAGAUGAUGAGUGGUGUCUGUCCUUCCUAACGGAGGUGAAAAGAGCUAAGCAGCAAGUUGUAUCUAAAAGCCAGCCACCCGGCAGGAUGGACCCAUUUGGAUCAGACUUUGCACCAGGGCCCAGUAACACAAGCAGACCUGUCAAUGCAGCAUCCACUACUACCAGUGCUAGCAACCCUACCAAUGCGUUUCCAGCGGCAGAUCUUGGUUUUGAAGAUAAUUUCAGUGAUGUUCUGAAAGUGGAGGAGAAAAAGAACCAGCACAACCGGGUCAGUGCUCCCUGUGGGCCUCCGCCUGUCCCGACUCAUAAAGAAACACCUCUCCCAGUCCCGCCUCGGAGAGGGUUGCACACCCCUGCCCCAGCACCUGCACGUGCACCUGCAGCAGCACCAAUCCAAAAAGAGAGGCACCUGUCUUCACCAGCAAAAGAAGGGCAUUUUACUGCCUCUCAAAAUAGAGACUCCAAGUGGAAUGACAACCCCAAUGUGACCAAUACCAUGAGGAAACUGUUUGUGCCGACCAGCCAGUCGGGACAGAGGGAGGGUUUAAUCAAGCACUGCCUGAUCAAGAAGGAGAAGGAAUAUGUGGAUAUCCAGAACUUCAGGUUUUUUACGGGAACGUGGAACGUGAACGGGCAGUCCCCUGACAGUGGGCUGGAAGCCUGGCUUAGCUGUGACCCUGAACCCCCUGAUGUAUACUGUAUUGGUUUUCAGGAACUGGACCUGAGCACAGAGGCCUUUUUCUAUUUCGACUCGGCGAGGGAGCAGGUGUGGGUGGACGCUGUGGAGAAGGGGCUGCACCCCAAAGCCAAAUACAAAAAAAUCAGCCUCAUUCGACUGGUGGGAAUGAUGCUGGUCGUCUACGCCAAGAAGGAGCACCGGAAGUAUAUCUCUGAUGUGGAGAAAGAAUCCACUGGCACUGGCAUUAUGGGUAAAAUGGGUAAUAAAGGCGGGGUAGGUGUGAGGUUUGUGUUCCACAACACCAGUUUCUGCAUCGUAAACUCUCACCUGGCUGCGCAUGUGGAAGACUUUGAGAGGCGCAAUCAGGACUACAAGGACAUCUGCGCUCGGAUGAGCUUCCAUGUGCCAGGGCAACCGCCGAGCAGCAUUGUUAAACACGAUGUGGUGAUCUGGCUGGGAGACCUCAACUAUCGCCUCUUUCUUGCUGAUGCAGCGGACGUCAAAAGCCUGAUCAGCCAAAAUGAAAUCAAGAAGCUACAGGAACUGGACCAGUUGAAUAUCCAGAGGCAGACAAAGAAAGCGUUUACAGAUUUCAAUGAAGGAGAGCUCAAUUUCAUACCGACGUACAAAUACGACCCGAAAACUGAUCGAUGGGACUCCAGUGGGAAGUGCCGUGUCCCUGCCUGGUGCGAUCGGAUCCUGUGGAGAGGGAGCAGUGUGAAGCAGCUCACCUACAGGAGCCACAUGAAGCUACAGACCAGCGACCACAAGCCUGUCAGCUCCCUCUUCAGUGUGGGGGUCAAGGUCGUGGAUGAGCGACGCUACAAGAGGGUGUUUGAAGAAAUCGUGCGGAUGAUGGACAGGAUGGAAAACGAAUUCCUCCCCUCCUUGUCCCUCACCCGGAGAGAGUUCAUCUUUGAGAACGUGAGAUUCCGGCAGCUCCAGAGGGCGAAGUUCCAGAUCAUGAACGAUGGGCAGGUCCCCUGUCACUUUGCCUUCAUCCCCAAACUGAACGACACUCAGUUUUGCAAGCCCUGGCUGCGUGUGGAGCCAUGUGAUGGCUACCUGGAGCCCAAUGAGAUGGUGGAGAUCUCCCUGGAGGUGUAUGUCAGCAAGGACUCUGUCACCAUGCUCAACUCCACUGAGGACUCCAUUGAAGACAUCCUGGUGCUGCACCUCGACAGGGGCAAGGACUACUUCCUCACCAUCGGGGGCAACUACCUGCCCAGCUGCUACGGCACCUCCCUGGAGACCCUGUGUCGCAUGAAGAAGCCCAUCCGAGAGAUCCCCAUCACCAAGCUCAUUGACCUGGGAGAAGAAAGCCUCACUGAGACGGAGAGGUCUCGUUUAGAUCUCCUCCCAGUGGACAACGUUGGAACUGAAGACAAACCCUUGAAAAUCCCCAAGGAGGUCUGGCUGCUGGUGGACCAUCUGUUUACAAAAGCCUGUCGACAGGAGGACCUGUUCCAGACCCCAGGCAUGCAGGAGGAGCUGCAGACUAUAAUCAACUGUCUGGAUACCAGCAUUCCUAACACCAUCCCCGGCAGUAACCAUUCAGUAGCCGAGGCCCUGCUCAUUUUCCUGGAGGCCUUGCCGGAGCCGGUGGUGUGUUAUGAACUGUACCAGCGCUGCCUGGACUGCUCCCACGACAGCCGGCUUUGCAGACAGGUGAUCUCCCAGCUGCCCCGGGCUCACCGCAAUGUUUUCCGGUACAUCAUGGCAUUCCUGCGAGAGCUCCUGAAGUAUUCCGAAGACAACAAUCUCAACGCCAGUAUGAUAGCCACGCUCUUUGCCAGCCUCCUGAUCCGACCCCCACCCAACCUGAUUGGAAGACAGACUCACCACGACCGUCAGAAAGCCAUAGACUUCAUGCUGGUGUUCCUAAUGGGCGGGGAUGAGGAGUAGAGCAGCCAGCCGGUUGGAGGGGUGGCAAUGGGAGGACGUACCAAGGGGGCAAAGGGUUAAGGAUUGUGGGCAGUGAUGAAAGACUGUCAUGGGUGCUGGUCCUGACCAUGCAGCCUGUUAAUACAGAGAUGUGUGUCGCUGUGGAUAGAGGAAUUGUUUAGAGGGGGGAGCGAUCAAUGCAGUAAACCAGCAAGCAGGACUGAGAAUAAGACUCCCCAUUGCGUGGCAGAGUGAUCCAAUCCAACUGUGAGCUUAUUUAACCACCAAGUACAAUCUUAUGUGCGUCUAAUGAAGCAGACUGUAAAAUCAGGAAUGGCUCAAACUGCUCCGCAAUGGAGUUCCUAUUGCUAUAACUAUUUAAGGUCUAGUAUACUUGAUGACAUCUGCACCUGAAACACACAGACACCCUACCUCUCACCACCCCCACACAGCUAUCGGUACUGUGCAUGCAGGGACAGACCAGAAACAACUUGUAUCUCCUGCUAUUUGAAGGUGUACAGUCAGGGCAUAUCCAAUGCUGUUAAUGAUGAAAGCCAUAAACUAUCAACAUAGGAUUCUUAUGGUGUUUCAACUCCUGUUCCCAGGUACUUCUCAAUAAUGCAGUAUUCAUCCUACCUUGCAAAAAAUGGAGGGUCAUUAGAGUCUGUGCCAAAAUACCUGAUACUAAUCUGGUUCCUCAAUGUAAAAACGUGCCCUUAGUUACCCACAUGCUAAGGUAAAGCCUUCCACACUACUUACCAGGAUAGGGACGAGCACUUUAUUGUUCGUUGCAGUGGUUCUCCUCUGCAACUGUAUUUAUAGGAAUGAGAGGUCAACUGAAGCUUGUUUUGCUACCAUAUUGAAUGGGACCUGCGUUCAACCUGAGAGAGAAUUGAAACCACAAGCACACCCACUGGCAAACCCAAAACGCACUUACAUGUCCAUGCAUUUUGGGAUGUUAAUUUGGUGUAUUAUAAUGUUAUUUAUUUUUUAAAUCCAAAGUAAGAAAUGCACAGGAUGGAAGACAUCAGCCCCAGUUCUCUUUGGCUCCAACUGUAUUAUUUUACCAUCUGUAUUCAGACAGAGAAUCGAACCCGGGUCUAUUGGCUACUAUUCAACUUCAUUAUUAACAUAAUAAUACACACUAAAGUUUGAAGACAGAUUGAAAUCUGGCGCCAUCAUUAUCACUGUGCAAUCCACAAUGUAAGAGGUUACAUUUCAAGGAACUGGGUUCCUCUAAAACUACAGUAAUUGACCAGGUACUGUAUAUCAAGGGAUCAGGACUCUGGCUUCUGCUCUUGAUUAGAUCACCAUUUCGCUUCUCAUAGAAACUUGUAUAGUAGACUUGCAAUUUACAGACUGCCAGUGAUGAGUCACGGUGUGCAGCGGGAGAGAGCAGCUCACUGCACGCUGGAGACUGCAUUAACUAUCUACAUUCAUGUCUUAACUCUGGUGUACAUACUGUAGUGUUUCUUUCUGUGAUGUAAAAAUGUCUCGUACUGUAAGUGCAGUUAAAAAAUGUUUAUGUAUAUAUUUAUCUGAAUUCUGUGUCCUAUAAACGGUACUCCCUAAAUACAAAAAAAAAUUUCCUCCA